GCCGAAAGCUAAUGGGAUUCGCCAGUUCCUACAUGUUCGUCAUCCAUCUCUCCCAGAAUUGCCGGGCCACACAUUUCUGGUGCCAAACAUGGCUGGUGUCUCACCCGGCUCCCAAUCACGCCGUCGCGCUUCCAGCCUUUUGUUCGAAACAGUACGUCGAUCAAGAUCUGGAGGCGGCUCUGCUGCCAUGCCUAUCUGAGAUUAGCAACUUUGGCCGUUUUGUCGUGCCGCAAUUGCUGCAUGAUAAUUAUAGCAUAUGUACAGAUGUAUAGAGAUCAGUUUCCCAUCGUACAACUUGAAGCUGACAGACUCAAAGACGAUUUGAUCUUCAACACUUACGUCUGAGAAGUUUUACCACACAGGACUUCUUCUGUAAAUAUCGAGAUCAAGCUGUCCUUUCUCUUUCGCCAAAAUGAUCAGCCCCGGAGUUCUGUCACCAUGGCCCGGAUACCCGGAGAUUCCUAUAUUCCUUGAUACUCGUCCGGAUCACAAUUCGCCAGAAUCUCAGAGGACAUCUACAACUACGUUCGAUACAUCACACAGCAGUGUGUCUCCGGUAUCGCCCCUCAACAUACCUCAUUUCAUUAAGGUUACACCGCCUAGUCGUUCCGCGAACUAUUCAUCCAAAACCCCCAAUCGGGCCUCGACACAUCAAUUUGACCGUCAGUACGUACAGCAACAGUCCAAGAAAACCUCAACUAGGUUUUUGUCCCCCGUGGAUCAGACUGAGAAACCGCCGGUGCCGUGGAAGGACGAGGAACUAUCCAGCAUCACACAAGAGAAUUCUCCCCCACAAGGCGCUCCAUCCAUGUCAAAGUUUCGCUUCGGUGACUUUCCUUCCACACACAAAGGGGAGAAGAAUUGUCCUCCUUACGCCAGUCCUGCUGGCUCUGGUCUCGGCAUCUCGAAUGGUUCGUAUGGAACCGUUCCUUCCGGAGUAUAUCCUUCCCAUGAGAAGUUCGACGACACCAACAACUUUGUACAACGUAUUGAGGACACACUUUGGCGUUACAGUUUGUCCAGAAACGUAUUCAAAAGGUGGCUCCUGGAAACCAUAAGCUGGGCUAUCAGUGCUCUCUGUAUGGCUGGAAUCGUCAUUGUAUUGUUCCGACUUCAGAAUAGGAACUCUGAUGAAUGGCCUUUGGGUAAUUAUGGCAUAACGUUGAAUACCUAUGUCGCUAUCUUGUCUCGCAUCGCAUCUGCAGCACUUCUCCUACCAGUGUCUGAGGCGCUUGGGCAAUUGAAAUGGAGUUGGUUUUUCCAGGGCGAAUCGAAGAAGAUGUGGGAUUUCGAAAUCUUUGACAAUGCCUCUCGCGGACCCUGGGGUUCCUUUCAACUUCUCCUCCGUACCAAGGGCAGAAAACUUGCCGCUCUUGGCGCUUGCAUUGUAUUGCUCGCCCUUGCACUCGAUCCAUUCUUCCAACAGGUUGUUGAUUUCCCAGACCGGUACAUAAAGGCAGGAAACGGCAUUCUUACAAAGACCAGACUCUUUGAGCCAAAGUUUCAAGAAAUCUGGGUAGAUGGCGCUCUCUCAUCUGGAUUGGAUGACCUGUUUGUGCGAACCACAUAUCCAUACUUCUACGGUAACGGCAGUGUACCUAUUCCUUUCGGAAAUAGUGUACGACCCGAUAUACCUGUCUCGUGUCCCACAAGCAACUGUACGUGGGAGCCAUACGAGACUUUGGGUAUGUGCAGUGCUUGUGAGAAUGUAUCCGAUCUUCUCACAUUCGAAUGCAUGAACACUCGAAUUGAUUGGUUCGCAAACCAGACUGGAGUCACCACAGAAGACACAUACCCCAACGGCACCGUCUGCGGAUAUUUUGUAAAACCACCAGGUUCAGAGCCCAUACUUGUGUCAGGCUACAGUAUUCCUGAUCAAUCCAUCGACGAAGAAGUCUUAUUGAUGCGAAACCUACCCCUGCUCAGUGCCCCUCUUCGGGAUCCAUUAUUUGGCGAUGGAUCGAUUCAUUUCAAGGACUAUCGAAAUCCAAUAAUCGAUGCCUUAAUUGUAACUUCACCAGGCGGAGAGCAAAGUGUCAAGAGAAAUGCAACACCAAAUGCCUACGAGUGCGUUCUCACAUGGUGCGUCAAGGAAAUCCAAUCAUCGUAUUUUGAGGCCGCCUAUCACGAGGAGAUCACUCAUAUAUACCACAACAAGACCAAAGGGCCAUUUCCCUGGAAUACAUAUUUGGUCGAAGAUGAAUUUGGAAGUGGCUAUAUGGUGGACUAUCUGGAGAACGUCGUUAUCAAUGCACCAUCAGAUGAUCAACAAAACACUCCGUUUGGGGCCUCCAACGAUACGCAACUUACUACCCUUCUCGUCUUCGACACGUUUUUUCCAUCAGUCUACACUAAAUCGAAUAUAACCGAUAACCCCUUGUUAAGGUAUAAAAUAAGCGAUCCUGGACUUAAAAUUCAGCAACGGGAGUUGGACAUCAAUCCAUGGGCCAUAGACACGCCCCGUCACAUGGAGAAUUUGGCAACAGCUAUGACAAACGCAAUGCGUUCUUCAGAGAGUAGAGAAGAUGUCGUUGGUCAAGCAUAUCAGAGAGAAAAUUACAUUCAAGUGCGGUUCCAAUGGCUCGCCCUACCCUUAGGACUACUCCUAUUCAGUGGAGUCUUCUUGACUGCAACUGUCGUGCGAACUUCCAGAGAGAAAGAGCAUGUCGGUGUAUGGAAAACAUCAGCAGUGGCAACUUUAUUGUACGGGCUUCCGGAUGAAAUACAAAAGAAAAUGGCAGCAUCAGCAUCGGGUGGUGGAACUCCUCGAACUACGGCGAAGCAGAUGAAAGUACAGCUUCAACCGGGCAAGGGUUGGAGAGUUUCCGGAAAUUGGUUUUCGCCUUUGGCGGACAAGGUCCGACGAAAUCAGCCUCCACCUGGGUGGAUAUGAGCGUUUUACCUUUUCGGCAACUAGUAUUUGUGCCAAUAGUAUUUAUAUCAGAUAUCAACAAUGCAAGUAAUCAUC